CAUAUGGAUACAGCUGGGUGGGGUGGGUGCACUGCAGCCUCUCUCAAGGUAGGGCUGCAAUCUAUCUACCCUGUCCUGCAGGUGCUGCUGUCCGGGUUGGUUUUUCUUCAACCUUGUAGUAUUCCAUUUCUGCUUUCUUUAGCUUGUAAUAAGCGUUACGUACCUUUAAUCGGAUCAGCUGCAGCUGCUCAUCCACGGCUUUAAUCGAUCGCCACUCAUCAGCGAGCGCCAAAAGGAAAAGAAAAGAAACGAUCAGAAUACCAGCAAGGACAUGUCUUUUCUCUUUUUUCUUUGGGUAAAGCGCAAGCAUAUAUGCCAUGCACGGCAUACGCCAACGCUAAUGCCAAUGCCAAGGAACAGCAGCGCAGCGCACUGCAUGCCAAAGUUUCUGCCUCCUCCUCUGCUCCCUCAGCCUCUUUAUUCUCCGCCCUUCUCUUUUUGUUAAUAUAUGACCACUAUAGUACACUACUACCGUACCAUACCGCCAGACGAAUAUCUCUUCGUGCCUCUACAUUCAAAGCCCACAUUCAUACGUACGUACAUACUACGUACAUGUAUGGCGCCACUUUUCCUUUUCUAACCGGCCAACGUCCACUUCACUUCAACUUGGAGGCAUUUCCAGCCGUCCAUAUGCUUCAUUCUUCAUCAUCGCUGCCGGUCAAACCUUCAGUCCACGCAUGUUUCUAGAUACAUCCAUUUCCGAGACAAGUAAUUCCGAACGGAGGGAGUAGUAUACUUCUUAACUCUUGUCAACAGUCCACACUUUGGAUUGUUGCCUUUUUCUUCUUCUGAAUCCUUGACCCCAGCCAGCCAAGGUGAAUCCAAGCUCUGGCUUCACUGCUUAAUUAACUACUUGCUCUUUAAGCUAACUCUUUACUGAACCGCAGCAAGAUGUUCGGAAAGGAAUUCAAACUAUACUACACAACAAGUUAAUCAAAGAUGGCCUGGUCAAAAUAAAGUUAGGGGACAGACAGAUAGAGACAGUGUAGGCCAUGGCAUCAUGCCUGCACUGCUGCUGCAACCAUACACGCAUACACAGUUAUAUGGUUUAGAUACAACCACCUUUCACUUUGUGCCAUCUCCUUGUGGAGGGUUUCCUGGAACAAAGCAAAAGCCGGCACAUACAAAUAUCAUCCAUUUCCAUACUAGUAUAUAUCUAUGCUUCUUUCUAAAAUGUGUGUGUGUUGAGAUGCUUCUUUCUAAAAUAUAUGUGUGUGUUCAGAUGCAUGCAGCAAAGUGUUCAUUCCCCUCUUCUUUUGUGUGGCAAAGAAGCUUUGAUCAACUUCAAACCGUCUCGCACACAACACCCACACGCCUUUCUUUUAUGUUCUUUUUGGACCCAAAAAAAAAAGAGUUCAUGUAGAUGUCCCAUCCCCAUAUGAGAUGGACGGAUAGAUCGAUGUGGAAGGAUGUAUCCAUGGUUUCAUAUAUAAAUGUGCGCAGAGGGAUUCCUGCAACAAAGCACAAGCGUAAAGCAAAUACGAAUGAUCAACCAUGCAUUUAUCUAUUCAUACACGUCUUCAGAUGCUUCUUUCUAAACGAUCAAAGAGUGGCCAUGGACUAUUCCUCCCCCUCUUCUGUUGUCACAAAGAAGCUUUGAUCAACUUCAAAACUUCCUCCAAUAUCUGGCUCCUCCUUUGUUCUUUCCUUUUCUUUUUCUUUUAAUCUCUUCUCUUUUUGAAUGGAAAAAGAAAGUGGAUGUAGAUGACUCAUCCCCAUACAAGAUAGUACAUAGUUGGGUAGAUUGAUGUACAAGGAUGCAUGCUUUCUCAAAAGGAGAGAAUGUGAAAGAGAUCCCCUGGCCUGGAUGGAUGGAUGGAUGGACAGAUAGACAGGGAUGUGCCAAGCAUAUUGCUGCUGCAACCUCCAGCAGCAAGGCAAGAAUCCAAUCCCCAGCUCUGUGCUGUGCUGGGCUGUGUGGGGAUCUUCAAUUUUUAAAUUUUAUCUUUUGCCUGAUAAAAGAGGUCAGGGAGAGAGAUGCAUCAAAAGAUGGGUGGUAUCAUGAAAGGGGGGUAAAUCUGACUGUAGAUGAAACAUGCAGGAGACUGAAAAACACCAUGGGCAGACAGAGGUAUAUAUCUGCAGUAUGUUUGUGGUUAAAGAGAACAAAAAGAAAAGCAAACGGGUCAGAGAAUCCAUCCUUGUUUGCUUGCUUCAACUGGCCCUAGCUAGCUAGUUUGCAGAUACCAAAAACAUUGUACUAGUGUAGUGACCAUGUAGCAGUUUACUUAAUUACCUUGCUUAGGGUAAGAAUUUACCACAUACAGCUAUGAAUUGUAAAAACUAAGUGUAAAACAGCUAGCCAGCACUUAGUUUCUUGACCACUGUACCAGUGGCAAGUAUAGCAUUCUUGUGUGAGUGAAAGCAACAAACAUGUCAUUGUGCUGUCUGAACUGAAUAAAGAGUGUUUACCAGUGGAGGGAUUGGGCAUGAGGUCAAAGCAGAGGAGUGAAACAUAACCUUUGAACAUGUCAUUUCUCUGACCCCUAAAGGCGCAGCAGCAGGAGCCGGCAUCAUCUAGCAUUCACAUUUGACCGGAGACCCCCGCAUUAUAUAAAUAAAAUGGCCAUGUGGAAUGCAGCUUGUCUGAACUUCACACUAGAUGGCACAGUAAAAGAUCAAGAUUGAUAGGUUGCUUGGAGACUGUUUCUGUUUGGUUGCUAAUUGUAGUUUUAGAGUAUUUUAUAAUCACCGAAAGAGAGAUGCAGUCCUGCAGUUGCUACAAUCUGGGACUCAAGGACAUGGUGCUGAAGCUGUCGGGCACGCAGAGGCAGGGGGUGCCCAAGCGCGGGGGCUCGCCGCCGCCGAGGGGCCGGACGACGUCCCUGUACCGGAGCGGCUACUACCGGCCGGGCGUGGUGCAGGACGACAUGGCGGUGCCGCCGGCCACGUACCUGGGCCACGGCGCCGGGGGCGGGGGCGGCACGGCGGCGUCGAGCGCGAACUCCACGCCGGCGUGGGAGCGGCCGCCCAACGGAGGCCAGGGCGGCGGGGGCGAGGCGGCGGUGCGGGAGUGGGUGGCGCAGGUGGAGCCCGGGGUGCAGAUCACGUUCGUGUCGCUGGCGGGCGGCGCCGGCAACGACCUGAAGCGCAUCCGGUUCAGCCGGGAGAUGUACGACAAGUGGCAGGCGCAGCGGUGGUGGGGCGACAACAACGAGCGCAUCAUGGAGCUCUACAACGUCCGCCGCUUCACCCGCCAGGUGCUCCCCGACCCGCCCCGCGGCGACGACGACGGCGAGCAGAGGGAGUCGUUCUACUCGCAGUCGCAGGUGGGCUCGACGAUGGGCAGCCCGGCGGCGACGCCGGAGAGCAUCGCGUGGGGCGCGGCCUUCGCCCGCGCGCAGCCCUCCGCAGCGGCCGCCGGCCCAGGCGGCGCCGGCGCCGGCGCGGCACGGCAGCACAGCUUCCGCGGGCCGCUGUCCCCGCCGCCGCCGUCGUCGUCCAACCCGUCGGAGCGCGCCUGGCAGCAGCAGCAGCAACACCAGCAGCGCCCGAACGGCGGUCCGGAACCCGACCUCCCGGAGCCGGCGCGGACGACCACCUCGUCCAUGCCGGACGACGUGUCCAUCAGCAACGCCAGCGAGCUGGAGGUGACGGAGUGGGUGAUCCAGGACGAGCCCGGCGUGUACAUCACCGUCCGCGAGCUCGCCGACGGCGCCCGCGAGCUCCGCCGCGUCCGCUUCAGCCGUGAGAAAUUUGCGGAGCUGAACGCCAAGCUGUGGUGGGAGGAGAACAAGGAGAGGAUACACGCGCAGUACCUCUGAUCUAGUCCGAAUCUCCAUUGGUAAAACUUAAAACUGGGAUACUUUCACUCUGAAGCUUCAAGCUUUGUGCUUCCUCUCCUUGUGGUGCUGCUGCUGCUUAAUUACAAGUAAAUAUAGAGUUUAAUUUGUGUUUGGGGUUGGAGCUGGGAAAGAGAGAGAGAGAGGGAUAGGAGGGGGAGAGGGGAAAGAGAAAUGUUUAUUUAGUAGGGUUUAAUUAGGGCCCAGCCCAGGUGAUCCUGUGACUCUCACUGCAUCCAUGCAGGUGUACCAUGUUCACUGUCACAAUGCUUGACUUGAGUAUGUUUAAUCCUCAUUUUCUAUGCAUGCAAGACAUCUUACUAUUUUA